GUCACAUAUGUCCCAGUAGAGUUGCCGUAGCGUUUCCGGUUCAGUUCCUUGUUCCUUCGUGUUGUAUUUCUAUGCCAAGGCGGUAAACAAAAAAAAGUUCUAACGUUCCAUUUUUUUUUAAAUAAUACAUUUAGCGUCUAACCAAUAUGGUGACGGCGGAUGAAGUUGCUCAGUUGUGCUACGAGAGCUUUGCCGCGCUUCCCCGCAGGGGGAAGCCUGAGCCCGGCAGAGAGUGGACGCUGCUGGCCGCCGUGGUCAAAAUCACCCGAAGUGAAAGUGCAAGUUCUCCCUCAGUUGAAAAAGAAGUGCUGUCCCUUGGAACUGGUACCAAAUGCAUCGGAAAAACAACCAUGAGUCCAAAAGGAGACGUGCUCAAUGACAGCCAUGCGGAAGUCAUCGCAAGAAGAGGGUGUGUCAGGUAUUUAAUUCAGGAGCUCCGCAGUGCUGUGAGCGGAAAAGGAAGUUCUGUGUUUUGUCAGGCAGAGCGUCAAGGGAAAUGGAGACUUCAACCUGGAGUUUCCUUUGUCUUCUUCAGCAGCCACACACCGUGUGGCGACGCCUCCAUCAUUCCCAUGACUGACAGUCAGUCUCAACCGUGUACUUGUGUCACAUCCAUGAUGAAGGAUGGAGGAGCGUUUGAAAGAGGCUUGAAAAGAAAAAGUAAAACAUGUACUGCAUCAACAAAGAAGUUAUGUGUACAAGAACACCACACUGAGGAGACGAAACUCGAUCUUGAUGAAGACUCCAAACGAUGCUUUUCCUGGCGAGAUGGUGACAAAAGCGGACCGAUCCUUCAAGUCCCAGACAUUCACAGAACAGGGGCCAAGUGUGUGAAAGGUGGCCCGGCAGACCCUCUGCGACCCGGGAUAGGGUACCACAGCACAGGGCUACUGCGUGUGAAGCCCGGCCGAGGACAGCCCACGCUGUCUCUGUCCUGCAGUGACAAGCUGGCUCGCUGGGCUGUGCUGGGCUUCCAGGGUGCCCUGCUGGCCCAUUACCUAGAGGGGGCGCUCUACUUCAACACCGUGGUGGUGGGAAUGUGCAACUACAGCCACCAAUCCAUGCAAAGAGCUUUGUACACCAGGUGUCGUCACGUAUCAGAUCUGGCUGCUGGUUUCUCAACGUGUCGUCCAGUUUUUCUUCAAUCCACACUGGAGUUUCCGUUCAGCCAAGCCCAGACUGAGCUCCAACAUAAGGCGGGACAAGGACGCAUUACCCCCUGUGGAGCAGCUAUCAGCUGGUGUAAUGUGAGUGAUCAGCCACUGGACGUCACUGCCUGCGGCUACAAACAAGGAGUCACCAAGAAGGCUCUGGGCACAGCUCAAGCUCGGUCUGCUUUGUGCAAACUGGAGCUUUUCCAUUCCUUUCUGUCUUUGGUGUCUGACACUGAUGAUGCAGCACUUCCUGACUCUCUCAGGCGUAAAGAUCUGCACACAUACUUGGACUACAAGGAAGCCUCUGAAGCCUACCAACAAUCUUGGCGGCAGCUUCGCAAUAAAGUCUUCCCUCUUUGGCCCCGAGGUGACAGAAACCUGCUACUCUUCCAAUGAAACAAACAUGUUUAUAAAUGUUCAUUAAUAUGUAUUGUUCCCUCUUAAAUGUAAUUGAAACAAUUUUACUGAGAGUAAGCGACCCACAAUUUUUAAAUAUCCAGAUAAGUUUAAGGUUGUACUCAAUGCAAGUCUGCACUUAAAGCACAUCUUGAUUGUUUCAUUUCAAAUCCAUUGUGGUUUUCUCCAGAGCUGGAAUACUGAAAAUUGUGUCAAUGUCCAAAUAUUUUUGGACCUAGCUGUAGUAUGGUCUUUAUAGUCAUUGCACAUGUACAACGAAACUAUGUUUUUAGCACAAACCCGUUCAAGAUUAGACAAACAAUGUACAGGGUUGCAGAACAGGGACGCAGAUGGGUCGCCACAAGGCGCCCCAUAAAAGAUGGGGAAAAAGGUAAAAACUGGGGGAGGCUGAAUAAAAAAAAUACAAUCGAGACUGGGCUGACCUAAGCAAGCCCUGUCUGGAGUGGGGAAAAAACUCUGUAACAAAGCACAUAUACAUAUUACAACAUACAACUCCAGACUUGCAACAGAGGGGAGGCAGUGGGGGCUAAGGUGGAGGGCUGCAGCUCUUCAAGCACUGGCCAGCCGUCCAUCACCCCAAAGGGAUUCACGUCAGGAGUCGUGGAUGGGGGGUGGUGUAUAUAUUUUGUGGAUGCGUGUGUGUGUGUGUGUGUGUGUGUGUGUGUGUGUGUAUGUGUGUGUGUGUGUGUAAGCCUGCAGCGUGUCUUUGACGGCAGGUACGGCGCGAGAGUCUUUUGAAAUAAAAAAGUGUUUCUCGCC